CUCAAGCCUCUUCGAUUUUCCCUAUAAAUAGCCUACCCUAGAGGCAUUGAAAAAUCAUCCCAAAUCAUUUGUUUCUCUUUGCACUGACGAAGAGAAAUCCAUACAAAAAAUGACAGGAUCAAACUGCACACUCUACAAUGUCACGAAUAAAACCUUGUUCAAUGUCCGCUUCCACGACGCCUAUAAUGGCGCGGACUACACCAUUUUGGCGGGAGAGAGCAGAAACUUCGAGGUCUGGCUGCCCCUCGUGACGGAGCCGCCUUCGACUUUACAUGUCCUAACACCAAGUGGUGGCCGGCGCCUGUUAGCUAAUUUGUGCGGCAAAAGCGACGGCGAUCAACUCAUUACCGUCGCCGAUUCCACUCACUCCGUCGCUUUCCCAACUCACAUCAGCACCCCUCUUGUGUCAAGCAAAGGUUCUCUUACCAUCGAACCUAUUGAUCAUCCCAAAUAUCGCAUCUACUGUUACCGCCACCAUCCCGUCGAGUCUGACGACCUGAUGGCCAUUUCCACCGCUAUCCAAGUAGAUUGAAGUGUGAAUUCUUGGGGACUGAACAAAUCUCCGCUUUAAUAAAGUACGUGUGUUCGCACAACCUCGUGUUUCAAUUACCCGCCCAAAAAAUGUUAAAUAAAUAAAUACACUGUAUCAAUGAAUAAUGAUUAACUUAUGCAUACAAAUUGCAGCUGUUUAAAAGUUUCUGUUGAUUUUGAGGAAAUUUAGGUUUUCCAUUCAUAAUACGUGCGUACAUGAUACAUGAUUAUAUGGAAGAGUUCUAGACUAAUGAUAACCACUCUUACAUCAGGGGCGUAUGACACUAAUCUAUAGCAACUCUCCAAAUUUUUAUAAACUAACAAUAAUUAACAGAUUAUUGUUUCUAAUACUCCCCCAUGAUCUAGAGGAUUAAUAGAUCCAAGCUUGCUCAAAAGUCCAUAAAACUUAGUAGAUGGAUAAACUUUUGUGAGGAUAUCGACAAACGGACCCAAUAUAACAAGUGUUGAUGUACUUAGAUUGAACUUGUUGACCAAUGUAUGUAGCGACAAACAACUUCAAUAUUUGUUUGUUCAUGAACACUGGAUUGACUGCAAUGUGCAUUAAUGUCAUCAGAGUACGAUAAGAACUACCCAUAUCAUCAACAAGACUCUUAAUUACUCCAUACAAGGUCACAUGCUGCAGUAGUCAUAGCGCAGUAUUCAGCCUUAGCACUAGAUCAAACUACAACAUGUUGCUUUUUACUUUUCUGUGAUAUUAGAUUUCCACCGACGAACACACAAUAAUCGGUGUGGAUCGACGAUCAAGAGCAUUCCCUUCCGAAUGAGAAUUAGUAUAGCAGCCAACGAGAACAUCACAGACUUCGCCACAUAUAAAAGCAUCUACAAUAGUUUAUAGUAUUGUGAGUGUAAUGUCAUAAAUUUUUAAUAUUAU